AUGCCUGCCGAUUCAGAUCUUAUUGUACCCAAUGGGGAUGAUCGCGUGGAAAAGGAUCACUUCAAAAGUCUCGCUGAGCGAUCAAAACAUGAAGAUUUUCUGAGGCGAGCUGUGGACCUCUUGGUUGAAAGAGUGGUGUUUGGGAGGUCUUUGAGGACUUCGAAGGUUGUGGAAUGGGCGUCACCUGAGGACAUCAAGAAGGCGAUAGAUCUGAAGCCGAGGGAAUCGCCAGCUUCUCACGAAGAGCUAUUGGCGGUCAUGGCUGAUGUUGCUCGCUAUUCCGUCAAUACUUCACACCCGUAUUUCGUCAACCAAUUGUUUUCGACGGUUGAUCCUUAUGGGUUGGUUGGUCAAUGGUUGACUGAUGCCUUGAACCCCAGUGUGUACACGUUCGAAGUGGCUCCAGUUUUCACCCUUAUGGAGGAGGAGGUUCUUCGUGAAAUGAGGGCUAUAGUCGGAUGGCCAGAAGGCGACGGUGAUGGCAUUUUCUGCCCUGGAGGUUCUAUAGCUAAUGGUUACGCUAUUAGUUGUGCCCGUCACUUCUUCUAUCCAGAAGUCAAGAGCAAAGGUGUCUAUGCGGUGCCGCGGCUGGUGCUAUUCACAUCUGAACUCGCUCAUUACUCGACGAAAAAGUUGGCCACGUUUAUGGGUAUUGGGGGAGACAACUGCAUUAUGGUGAAAACUGAUAAGAAUGGAAAAAUCGUUGUCGAAGAUCUGGAAGCGAAAAUUGUGGAGGCUAUAGAAGAAGGUGCGACUCCGUUUUUGGUUACGGCUACCGCUGGUACUACAGUGUAUGGAGCUUUUGAUCCGUUGCUGCCUAUUUCUGCGUUGUGCAAGAAGUAUAACUUGUGGCUACAUGUUGAUGCUGCCUGGGGAGGCGGCGCUCUGAUGUCCAAGAAACAUAGACAUCUCUUAAAUGGGAUUGAAUUGGCGGAUUCAGUGACAUGGAACCCUCACAAGCUCUUAGCGGCGCCGCAACAAUGCUCCACAUUCCUAAUUAGACACAAGAAUGUCCUCAAAGAGGGUCACUCGAGCAACGCCAAGUACCUCUUCCAGAAAGACAAGUUCUACGACACGUCUUACGACACAGGAGACAAGCAUAUACAGUGUGGGCGGAGGGCAGAUGUCUUCAAAUUCUGGUUCAUGUGGAAGGCUAAAGGAUCCGAAGGCUUCGAGAAGCACAUAGAUGCCCUUUUCGAUAACGCAGCCUUCUUCACGGAACACAUACGACAGCGUGAAGGUUUUAAGCUGGUUCUGGACAAACCUGAGUGCACCAACAUCAUGUUCUGGUACAUCCCAACCUGCCUCCGCGGCUGCGAGAACGAUCCUGAUUAUAAGGAAAGACUACACAAGGUCGCGCCGAAAAUCAAAGAGCGAAUGAUAAAGGAAGGAAGUAUGAUGGUAACUUAUCAGCCUCAAGGCGACCUGGUCAAUUUCUUCCGGAUCGUGUUCCAGAACUCCGCAUUAGACCACAAAGACAUGGUCUACUUCGCCAACGAGUUCGAAAGACUCGGUAGGGAUGUAGUAGUUUGAAUAUUCUUUAUAAUAUUUAUGUUAAACUACUUAUAAAAUGUACAAAUGUCAGUUGACCUGUGAUUAUGUGUAUCGAAUUUGUUAUUGAUAUUCGAGUAACUACGUAGAUCUAGGAUAUUUAGGGACUUCCAUGUCUUGUAUGUAAUUUUAUUGUAAAUAAAUUAUGUCUGUGUUA